AAAUACCGACAAACACAAAACACAAUCGCAACUCUUGGAACUCAAGAAAUAAUGUCGGAGAACGGUGGCGAUUCUUCAACCACUAAACCAAACCUCAAGAGGAAUGGCUCCGGCGAACUGGACGUCUUUGAAGCCACUCGCUACUUCUCCGACUUCAACGAACCAACUAUGGCCGAGUACUCGAGAAUCCAGGUUCAGAAACAGAGCACUGUUACAGAACUUCGACAGAAGAGAAUACACCCGGAAACAGAGGAUAAGCUUCCGGAACCUAGAGUCGUCACCGUGAAGCCGAAGGAGAAGGAGAAGAAAACACGUGGCGGCGGUGGGAAGAAGCUAACCAGCUUCUUGAACUCUCUUCUCCGUUCAGCAGGUCUGAAGAACUUAAAGUCAAAGUCCAAGUCAAUUCCAGAGGUGGAGAGUCCACGAGGGGAAAGAAGGAGGAGGCAUAGCUGCGUGGUGACCGUGACCACACACGCCGAAGCUUCUUCGCCGAUCUCCGGUGCUGGCGCGUGGAGUACGCGCAGGAGAAGCUUUGAUGAGAAACACGUGAAAGGUUUAGGUUCGAAGAAGAGUGAUCAGAAGUUGAACAUGAGGCUUUGUGAGAGUCUCUGCUCGGACAAGAACGUUGAGUGUAAAGAUCGAAAAAAAGAAGUUGAUGUAAAUGGUGGAUACGAGAGUGAUUCAGGUUCUGAAUCUGAUCUUUUUGAAUUGGACUUGUUUGCCAAAUCAAAGCCUUAGUUAACGACGGUCUCAAAAUGUAAUCAUUUGAUGUAAACUUAUUAUGAUAUAUAAA